CCAGGGCCUUCAAGCUGUGAUUAAUCUGAUGGUUCCUGAAAUGACUGGGAAACAGAUACUUCGCAUGCCAGUUGAAGAGUGUGUGUCCAUGUAUAUUUAAAACAUUCUUUCUAUACAUACACAUUUACAUGAGAAGACAGGCUCAUUCUUGUGCAUACUUGAGAGUUUUACAACUGAUGAAAAUUAAUUUCAGCAUCAUAUGGAGCAACUUGACACCACGGGGUUCAGAAGCCUGGGGAGAAAAAUCCAUCACUAAUGGCCAGUUUUCUAUACGGUCUUCACGGGUAAAGAAAGUUUGCAAAAAGAAGAAAAAAAAUUUGCACAGGUUAAGCCUCAAAAAUACCUCUGCAGUUGAAAGAAGGAACUAAGUGAGAAGGUGACUGAAGGAAAAGUGUGAUUUCAAACACUGCAGGUGGGAUCACCCAGUGCUUUUUGCACUUUAUUUUUCAAUGGGUUUGGUGAUUUGAACAGACUUUGAAGUUUGGGACUGAGAAGUAACUUACUGUGGUUAUGGCUAGAGGAAAGCAAGUUCAGGUAUGAUGAGACAAGUUUAAAAACUGAACUGAUUAGUUUGCCUUUUUUAGUUAACUAUAUUUGAGAAAUUUUAAUUUAUUAUUUUCCUUUUCCUUUCCUGCAUCUAUAGGAUAAUAUCCUAAAUAGCAAUUAAAAUCGAUAAUUAGAAAAUAAAUAUCAAGGAAAAUCCAAGCAAAGCUUCCUUUUCCUUGGACUAAAGGUGUGGUGUUUGGAAACGGUCUUUGGAUGUGAACAGGAAAGCACCCAUCAGCAAAACAUUAUAACUCUCCAGGGAAACAGUUUGGGGAGAAUCUGACUCUGGCCUGUGUUUUUGUGUUCCCUGUUGAGUCCUAGAAGACUUGCAUAUGAGAGGAAGAUUACUUGAUGGACUUAAUCCUGAGAUUAGUUUUUUUCAGCAUGAUGGAAAAGUAUGUGAUCUUUAGGAACAGAAAAGGGGAGAAGUAACUAGGGGAGUGAGAAAAGUCAGGCAGAAGAAACAGAAUCCUGCAGUGUGGCUCGUUUUUGUCAACAAGAGGAUUUAGAAUUCACCCAGGGCAAAUACUUGGACCACGUUAAGAACUGUAGAACAUUCUGCCUUUGCCCAGUGAAAGGGCUUUCUUUCCAGCCUCUAUGGCACUGAGGGGUAACCUGUCCAGUGGAGGAGUAGUCCAAUGGAGCCUCAUGCUCCCUGGGGACACAGGGCCAAGCUUUGAGGUGGGAAAUUUCUGGUUCUGAACAACAGGAAAAGAGUCCUUUUCUCUUCCUAAAAUUUGGACUGCUGUCUGCACAAACUUUGAUCUGUUUUGCACAGUUUGUGUGCCUUUUUUUCCCUUUAUGCAAUCUUUUUCAGCUUUAGCAGCAGAAAUUUGUCUAUUCCAGAAAACAUGCCAGAGGGUGGCUUCAGAAGGAAGAUGAUCCUGUGUGUUCUGUCUCUGCAUCCAAACUUUUGAAGAGAAAAUUCCAGCUAGAGAGAUUCUUAAAGCCUUAAGUUACUUGAAAUCUAUGUAUUUGCAACCCUUUGUCUCUGGAAAUCAUAUUACACAAAACUGGAAUCUCAGGCUGAAAGAGAAUAAACAAGUAAAAAGAAGAAAACUCUUGUUUCUUGAUCACCACUUGUUAACGAUGCUCUUUCUCCAAAGGAUCAGCACGUUCUUCCUCUAAGGACUUGAAAAUAAAAAUGGACCCCAUGUUUUUUUAAGCAUUACCUUUUCUUAGCAGAUUGCCAUCAUCUUUUAUAGAGAAUUUUUUUCACUAUGCAUUUGGUGGAUCUUUAUAAAAUACUGACUUAAUUAGAUCCAGGUCAGUCUUAAUUAAAGGGGGAAAAAAGUAACCCAAGACAACCACAAAAAUAAAUAAACCAACGAAUGAAAUUGGUUUAAAAUUUGCAACAUUAAGUAUUACUUUUUAAGCAAAACAGUUCACUGAAAAAAAGUAUGUAUGCAGCGGUAGAACAUGGGCCUGUGCUUUGCAGUGACUCCAACAUCCUCUGCUUGUCCUGGAAGGGGCGUGUCCCCAAGAGUGAGAAGGAGAAGCCUGUGUGCAGGAGGCGCUACUACGAGGAAGGCUGGCUGGCCACGGGCAAUGGCCGCGGUGUGGUUGGGGUAACCUUCACUUCCAGCCACUGCCGCAGGGACAGAAGUACUCCUCAGAGGAUAAACUUCAACCUGCGGGGCCACAAUAGUGAGGUUGUGCUGGUGAGGUGGAAUGAGCCAUACCAGAAACUGGCCACGUGUGAUGCAGAUGGAGGCAUAUUUGUGUGGAUUCAGUACGAAGGCAGGUGGUCUGUGGAACUGGUCAACGACCGAGGGGCUCAGGUGAGUGAUUUCACGUGGAGCCAUGAUGGGACUCAAGCACUUAUUUCAUAUCGAGAUGGGUUUGUCCUGGUCGGUUCUGUCAGUGGACAAAGACACUGGUCAUCUGAGAUCAACUUGGAAAGUCAGAUCACAUGUGGCAUAUGGACUCCUGAUGACCAACAGGUGCUGUUCGGCACGGCCGACGGGCAGGUGAUUGUCAUGGACUGCCAUGGCAGGAUGCUGGCCCACGUCCUCCUUCACGAGUCAGACGGCGUCCUCAGCAUGUCCUGGAACUAUCCCAUCUUCCUGGUGGAGGACAGCAGUGAGAGCGACACGGACUCAGAUGACUACUCCCCUCCCCAAGAUGGUCCAGCAGCGUAUCCCAUCCCAGUGCAGAACAUCAAGCCUCUGCUCACCGUCAGCUUCACCUCGGGAGACAUCAGCCUAAUGAACAACUACGAUGACCUGUCUCCUACUGUCAUCCACUCAGGGCUGAAAGAGGUGGUGGCCCAGUGGUGCACACAGGGGGACUUGCUGGCAGUUGCUGGAAUGGAACGACAGACCCAGCUUGGUGAGCUUCCCAACGGUCCCCUUCUGAAGAAUGCCAUGGUCAAAUUCUACAACGUCCGUGGGGAACACAUCUUCACACUGGACACACUUGUGCAGCGCCCCAUCAUCUCCAUCUGCUGGGGCCACCGGGACUCUCGGCUGCUGAUGGCAUCAGGACCGGCCCUGUAUGUGGUGCGUGUGGAGCACCGGGUGUCCAGCCUGCAGCUGCUGUGCCAGCAGGCCAUUGCCAGCACCCUGCGAGAAGACAAGGACGUCAGCAAGCUGACCUUGCCCCCCCGUCUUUGCUCCUACCUCUCCACCGCUUUCAUCCCCACCAUCAAGCCCCCAAUUCCAGACCCCAACAACAUGCGGGACUUUGUCAGCUACCCCUCAGCGGGCAAUGAACGGCUGCACUGCACCAUGAAGCGCACGGAGGACGACCCAGAGGUGGGCGGCCCGUGCUACACGCUCUACCUGGAGUACCUGGGCGGGCUUGUGCCUAUCCUCAAGGGACGGCGCAUCAGCAAGCUGCGGCCGGAGUUUGUUAUCAUGGACCCGCGGACAGAUGGCAAAUCAGAUGAAAUCUAUGGGAACAGCUUGAUUUCUACUGUGAUUGACAGCUGCAACUGUUCAGACUCCAGUGACAUCGAACUGAGCGACGACUGGGCUGCCAAGAAAUCUCCCAAAAUCUCCAGAGCUAGCAAAUCACCCAAACUCCCAAGGAUCAGCAUCGAGGCCCGGAAGUCUCCUAAGCUGCCCCGGGCUGCCCAGGAGAUCUCCCGGUCUCCUCGGCUGCCCAUGCGCAAGCCCUCCAUCGGGUCGCCCAGCCUAACACGGAGAGAGUUCCCUUUUGAAGACAUCACUCAGCACAACUAUCUUGCUCAGGUCACGUCUAAUAUCUGGGGAACCAAAUUUAAGAUUGUGGGCUUGGCUGCUUUCCUGCCAACCAACCUCGGUGCAGUAAUCUAUAAAACCAGCCUCCUGCAUCUCCAGCCACGACAGAUGACCAUUUAUCUCCCAGAAGUUCGAAAGAUUUCCAUGGACUAUAUUAAUUUACCUGUCUUCAACCCAAAUGUUUUCAGUGAAGAUGAAGAUGAUUUACCAGUGACGGGAGCAUCUGGUAUCCCUGAGAAUAACCCACCUUGUACAGUGAACAUCCCUAUAGCCCCCAUCCACAGCUCGGCUCAAGCAAUGUCCCCCACACAGAGCAUAGGGCUGGUGCAGUCCCUCCUGGCCAAUCAAAAUGUGCAGCUGGACAUCUUGACCAAUCAAACCACAGCCAUGGGGGCAGCAGAACAUACAGGUGACAGUGCCACCCAGUACCCUGUCUCCAGCCGCUACUCCAACCCUGGACAGGUGAUUUUCGGAGGCGUGGAAAUGGGCCGCAUCAUUCCAAAUCCCCCUCCAUUGUCCCUGCCACCGCCACCACCACCUCUGCCACAGGGGCCCAUGCAGCUGUCCUUGCUGGACCAUGGGGACCGAGAACACGAGCACCUGCAGAAGUCAGCCAAAGCCCUCAGGCCAGUGCCACAGCUGGCAGCUGAGGGGGAUGCUGUGGUCUUUAGCGCCACCCAGGAGGUCCAGGUGACCAAGAUGAACCCUCCACCCCCUUACCCAGGAACCAUCCCUGCAGCCCCCACCACGGCAGCACCGCCGCCCCCUCUGCCACCACCACAGCCCCCAGUGGAUGUGUGCUUGAAGAAGGGUGACUUCUCCCUCUAUUCCACAUCAGCACAUUACCAGACACCCCUGGGCUAUGAGAGAAUCACCACUUUCGACAGCAGCGGCAAUGUGGAGGAGGUGUGCCGGCCCCGGACUCGGAUGCUGUGUUCCCAGAACACCUACACCCUUCCCGGCCCAGGCAGCUCUGCCACCUUGAGGCUUACAGCCACCGAGAAGAAGGUCCCCCAGCCCUGCACCAGUGCCACCCUGAACCGCCUGACCAUCCCUCGCUACUCCAUCCCCACUGGGGACCCACCCCCAUAUCCCGAAAUUGCCAGCCAGCUGGCCCAGGGGCGGGUUGCUGCCCAGAGACCCGAUAGCAGCCUCAUUCACGCCACCCUGCGGAGGAACAACCGCGAGGCCGUGCUCAAGAUGGCCCAGCUUGCCGACAGCCCACGAGCCCUCCUGCAGCCACUGGCCAAGCCCAAGGGCGGGCCUGGGGGGGCGGCUGCAGCGCAGCUCCCUGCGCGGCCACCGCCUGCUCUGUAUACCUGCAGCCAGUGCAGCAGCGCGGGGCCUGGCUCGCAGCCCAGUGCCCUGGCCCAUGCAGUCAGCACCUCCCCGCUAGCCUCCCAGUCCUCCUAUAGCCUCCUGAGCCCGCCCGACAGUGCCCGUGACCAUGUCGACUACGUCAACUCAGCUUUCACAGAGGAUGAGACCCUGUCCCAGCACUGUCAGCUCGAGAAGCCCCUAAGGCACCCCCUGCUGCCCGAAGCUGCUGUUGCCGUGAAACGGCCACCCCCUUACCAAUGGGACCCUGUGCUGGGUGAGGAUGUGUGGGUUCCUCAGGAAAGGACAGCACAGACUGCAGUGCCCAACACCUUAAAAUUGUCCCCUCUGAUGCUAGGUCAGGGCCAGCACCUGGACGUGUCCCGAGUGCCCUUCGUCUCCCCCAAGUCUCCCACCAGCCCUACUGCCACUUUCCAAGCAGGCUAUGGGAUGGGAGUGGCCUAUCCAGGAAGCUAUAGCAACCCCCCUUUGCCUGGAGUGCAGGCUCCCUGUUCCCCCAAAGAUGUCCUGUCCCCAGCGCAGUUUGCACAACAAGAGUCCGCUGUGGUCCUUCAGCCCACCUACCCACCCAGCCUUUCCUACUGCACCCUGCCCCCCAUGUACCCAGGAAGCAGCACAUGCUCUAGUUUACAGCUGCCACCUGUCGCCUUGCACCCAUGGAGUCCCUAUGGCACCUGCCCACCCAUGCAGAGCCCCCAGGGCACUCUCCCCCCUAAGCCACAUUUGGUGGUGGAGAAGCCCCUUGUGUCCCCACCACCUGCUGACCUCCAAAGCCACAUGGGCACAGAGGUGAUGGCAGAAACCACAGACAACUUCCAAGAAGUGCUCUCCUUGACAGAGAGCCCGGUCCCCCAACGGACAGAAAAGUUUGGAAAGAAGAACCGGAAGCGCCUGGACAGCAGAGCAGAGGAAGGAAGUGUUCAGGCCAUCACCGAGGGCAGAGUGAAGAAGGAGGCUAGGACUCUGAGUGACUUUAAUUCCCUCAUCUCCAGCCCCCGCCUGGGGAGAGAGAAGAAGAAAGCGAAGAGUCAGAAAGAGCAACUGAAGUCAAAGAAGCUGAGUAAGACGAGUGAAUUCCAGGACAGCUCGGACAGUGAGCCCGAACUGUUCAUCAGUGGGGACGAGCUCAUGAACCAGAGCCAGGGCGGCAAGAAGGGGUGGAAGAGCAAGCGGAACCCGCGCGCGGCCAGCGAGCUGGAGGAGUUCAAGUGCCGGAAGGCCAGCGAGAAGGAGGACGGGCGGCUGGGCAGCCAGGGCUUCGUGUACGUGAUGGCCAAUAAGCAGCCCUUGUGGAACGAGGCCACCCAGGUGUACCAGCUGGACUUCGGAGGGCGGGUGACCCAGGAGUCGGCCAAGAACUUCCAGAUCGAGUUGGAGGGGCGGCAGGUGAUGCAGUUUGGACGAAUUGAUGGCAACGCAUACAUUCUGGACUUCCAGUACCCCUUCUCAGCCGUGCAGGCCUUUGCAGUGGCCCUGGCCAACGUGACUCAGCGCCUCAAGUGAGGAGACAGUGCGGGGAGAAGAGAGAUGCAAACGAGCCUCUCGAAGAGGUCUGAUUGGAGAUGCUAGAGGAGCUGGCGCAGGCAGGGUGCCUGGAGGACCAGAAGACAACCGUGAAACUGGAACAGCCUGUCAGGCCAGGAGAGGGCACUGGCCCCUAGUCGUUGUCGUUUAUUUGGGCUUUAUUCUUUACUGUCUGUCUUUUCUUCUUUCAGUAGAGUGGCAUUUGGAGGCAAAGGGUGCGAGGCACCAGGUGUUCUUUCAGGAAAUAUAGCUUGGGUGUGGUAAUGUUCUACAGGGUUCACUUAUGUCAGUGGCCGGGACCAGGGCCCUUCAGAGUGAGGGUGGACUGCCUCAGAGCCUGCUGUUCUUGUAGACCUACAGAAUAUGCACUAUAUUCAUUCUCCACGACAUCAGCCUUUAUUACUCCUCCAACAUCACCUCUAGGAUGAAAACAAAAACCCUUUUUAAAAAACACAACCAAAAAUCCUGUUCUUUCAGACAGUGGGGUAGCAUUUAAUUCACACACAUCAUUGUUAUUCCUCACAAGGUGACUUGAUUAAUGAAGGGUAUUUGAGCAAAUGCACCAUGUUUGACUAAUAAAAGUAGGCUUUUUUACAGGGGUGCUAUCUCCAGGCAUAAAUGUGAUUUGCUCAUCAUGCUGUCAGGGAAGGGAUGCUGGGUGAGGAAUGAGCUGUGCAUGUAGACAGGUUCUCAGCGCUCUGCAUAACCUGAUGGCUCAGCGGUGUGACCUGUAACAGUACAAGGGCUACAUGCCUCUUCUGAGGAUGUUCAUUUCAAAAGACUCCCCUGCUUCAUCAUAUGUCAGAGUUCCAUAGGAUCAGUGAUGAUCAUUCAGUGUAAGUGGCUUCAGGAGAAGGUAAGGGACAAGAAGGGAAAGACCCCAGGCUGUGGCAGAGGCAAUGGUUUUCUCAGAUAGUGUGGCAGAGAGUACUAGAGCCCCACUUGUUGAGAACAGCCUCUAUUCUUUCUGCCCCUUUUAUUUUUUAAUCUGGAACACGUUACUGUAAACAUGAUCUUAUCCAUUAGAUAUUACUGUUCUAUGCUUUCUCUUUCUAAAAGUGUGGACUAGACUUUAUUUGAAACCAACUGCUUUCCUUCUCUUGGCUAUGUUAAAAUUGAUUUAACUAGAAAUGUUUUCUGUCAUAUUGGAAAUGUAACCAAAAAAAUUGUAAGCAUUCGCCAAGGUAUUGAAAGAUAGGAGCAUGGUCAAAUCUAUGACAAAAGUUCCACAAUCUUCUCUAAGAAAAGAAAAUUGUUUAUGAACUGUACAGGCUGUUUACUGAGGAGAUAAACCACUGGGAAAACAUUGUUAAAAGUAUAGCACUUAGGGUAGUUGGUUGAACACACUUUGCUAAUUGCAAAAUAUCUUUCCCACCUUCCCCUCCUCACGAGAACACCUUCGGCAAUAUUUGAGCCCUGAUGACAAGACCCAGUUAAGUCUUUUCAGUUAUUCAUACCUGUGACGAUGUUUAGAGCAGGAACACGAGAACUAUCUUCUGGCAUUGGGCACUAAAUUUGGAUUUUAUUUGGAAACAGAGAAGUAGAAGAUGCUAUAGAAAGGCAUUUUCAGAUUAAAAAGUUUUUUAAAUCCUCUGUUUUGGUUUAAAAAUUAAAGAAACAUUACUUCCCCUGAGUGAGAUGACAUCACUCACUAUUCUCUCCAAACCCCUAAGAAAUACUGGUGAGGUUUUUCAAUAUGGUGGAGGACAUCUCCCAGCUAAUACCAUAGUUUCCCAUUUUAUAUUUUAAACUAUUGGACCUGAUUCUUUGUUGGGUAAGUUCUUCCAUAAGGAAUUUAGCAAUGUAUUCAGAGUAAUCUUAUUCUUUUAUAUAAGUUUCUUUAGCUUGAUGUGGUGUUUUAAUGCUUAUUAGUUGUGCAAUAAUGGUUAUAGCCUAUUUCUAAAAUAAUUUAAAUGCAAUCCCCCUGUUUUAUUGUUCAAGAGAUAAUUAUUUAUCUUGCUUUUCAUAGUGUUCUUAGGAAUUGUUUUGUUAUUAUGUAUUGGUGAGUUAUGUCCAUUUUAUUAUUUAUUUAGAAAAAUAGUAUCUUUGUAACAACUUACUUGGUAGCAGUAUAUUUUGCUGCAAGAAAUAAAGAGGAUAUGAUAGAGGUUU